GUGCGCACUGGAGGAGCAGAUUGUGAGCGCUCAGGCGUAAGGAGGGCAGCCCGAGGGGGCGGGGAUACAGGGUCCUACCUGUGAGGAUGUGAAGUUGUGCCGGAGCUGCCGGAGUCCUGAGAGCGACUGAUAGACCGAGGGAAAGUGAGGUUCCACAAUGGCAUCCAUGCUGAGACAGACCAUCAGAAGCCUUCCCACGGCAUGUCAAAUCUCUUCCAGAUCCAUCAGCUGCUCUUCCCAUCUCCAGUCACCAGCUGUGCAGGCCAAAACUAAGAAGACAUUGGCCAAGCCAGGAGUUAAAAAUGUGGUUAUUGUGGAUGGUGUGCGGACUCCAUUUCUGCUCUCAGGAACCACAUAUGCAGAUCUGAUGCCUCAUGAUUUGGCCAGGACAGCGCUACAGGGUUUGCUGCAGAGAACCAACGUCCCUCGAGAGGUGGUUGAUUACAUUGUGUAUGGAACUGUAAUCCAGGAAGUCAAAACCAGUAAUGUUGCACGAGAGGCUGCACUGGGGGCUGGUUUUUCAGAUAAAACUCCAGCACACACAGUCACAAUGGCUUGUAUCUCCUCCAAUCAGGCAAUGACUACAGGUGUUGGUCUGAUUGCAUCGGGUCAGUGCGAUGUGAUUGUUGCUGGUGGGGUGGAGUUCAUGUCCGAUGUCCCUAUUCGUCACAGCAGGAAGAUGAGGAAGACCAUGCUGAGCCUAAACAAGGCCAAAACAUUGGGCCAGAGGCUCUCUGUGAUAUCUAGAAUCAGGCCUAACUAUUUUGCACCAGAGCUUCCAGCAGUGGCUGAAUUCUCUACCAGUGAGACCAUGGGACAUUCAGCAGACAGACUGGCUGCAGCAUUUUCUGUGUCUCGGGUGGAGCAGGACGAAUAUGCUCUGCGCUCUCACACACUGGCCAAGAAGGCUCAGGACGCUGGGCUGUUAUCUGACAUCAUCCCUUAUAAAGUACCAGGUAGAGAAACUGUUGAGAAGGAUAAUGGAAUCCGCCCAUCCUCUAUGGAACAGAUGACCAAGCUGAAACCUGCUUUUAUUAAGCCUCAUGGGUCUGUCACUGCUGCAAACUCUUCAUUCCUGACGGAUGGUGCCUCUGCGGUGCUGAUUAUGUCUGAGGAGAAAGCCCUAGCGAUGGGAUACAAGCCCAAGGCCUACCUUCGGGACUUUGUUUAUGUGUCUCAAGAUCCCAAGGAUCAGCUUCUGCUCGGCCCCACAUACGCUACCCCAAAAGUACUGGAAACGGCAGGACUCACUCUUGCUGACAUCGAUGUCUUUGAGUUCCAUGAAGCAUUUGCGGGCCAGAUCCUGUCUAAUCUAAAAGCCAUGGAUUCUGACUGGUUUGCACAGAAUUACAUGGGACGGAAGACAAAGGUUGGAGCCCCUGCUUUGGACAAGUUUAAUAUGUGGGGAGGUUCCCUGUCACUGGGACACCCGUUUGGAGCCACAGGUUGCCGGCUGGUCAUGGCUGCUGCCCACCGGCUAAAGAAGGAGGGAGGACAAUACGGACUUGUAGCGGCAUGUGCAGCAGGAGGACAGGGACAUGGCAUGAUUGUGGAACUUUACCCCCAGUAAUGUGAUGUUAUGGCUGAGGCUGUGCCAAUACCCUGCACUAAUAAACGGAGACGGUCUCCUCCUCACCCCCGAGAAUGUUGCUGCAAUUGUAAAUAUUUUCUAGUUGCCUUGUCUGUGCUUGGAAUGAGUAAUUGGUAUUUCGGAGCAUUUGGCACGUUCCAGAUUGGAAUGAGCUGUUGUGCAAGUUGUGUGCAGUGCUGGAUUCAUCAGCCUCAUCCCGGCCUUGUCUUCUGUUCUGUUUUGGCAGGAAAACUGUCAGAUGUUGAUGGAACUAUUGAAAGCUGAAUCCCGUUAAACGUAUUAUUGUUUAAUAAACUGUAAAGCACUUACACACAAUGUGCAGCCCUAGUAAUGGUACAAUCAGUCCCCAGCCACUUUACCAACGAGCAUUUGCUACCAGACCCAUCUGCCUUAAUAAAUAAGAUCUUCAGCACUUG